CAGAGCCGGGUCUCGUGGUUCCUCGCGCGAAAACCCAUCAUCCGCCGCCGACCGACGCGACGAGCAAAACGGCCCGAAGUGGCGCGCGAUCGCUUCAGUCCCCAGCCAACUGCCAGUGAGUGAGCACGUGAGUGUGCCUUUACGCCGUUUCGUUCGCGAGUUUGCGAGAGUGCGCGCGUCGCGUAUUACACGAUCGAGCAGCGAGGUACUUACCGAUCGAUACGCGUCGAGGAGUAGCGGUUGGUCAAUCCGGCCCAAAAAGCCCCGGCGAUCGAGCGAUUCCUCGAAACGGCGGCGGUGCUUGUUCAAGAGUUUUUUUUUUUCUGAGAUUGCGGCAUUUUACCUAGGCAACUGAAAAGUGUGGAAAGCACACGAAAAUAACAGCGCAGAAGAGGAAAAAAAAAACGCGUCACGGUUUGAAGAUGCGAAUGCAAGGCGAUGCAUAAUCGUUUUAUAUACUGGAAUGUGUCACGUAUUGAGGAGUAUGAUUGAAAGAAGUGCCACCAAGUUUCGGUGAUUUUUAUGACAUGUGAUAACUUACCUGCACUUUGAAAGUGAUUGUUCCCUGAAAAGUGGACAAAAUUUUAUAGUUCUGGUUUUAAGCUUGUUAAGCUCGAUUCAGUGGUUUCCACCCGCAGCUGCCGAAGGCUACUCGGCAUGGAUACAACUCCAAAAAGAGAUUAAAUGAUCAUUUCGUGCCAAACUGUGUAGAUCGUGCCAUCAAGUGCUUUCAAGUGGUGCCAAUUAACGACUCUGCUCGAGGAAGUGAAGCCAGUUUAAUUAUAUUUACCAGGAAGUUAUCCAACAUUACAUAGUUCAUCCACAACCUAGAGGACGACGACGCUCAACCGUUAGCCAAUUUAGAAGACAUACAUAGAGUAGGAGAGUGUAUUGCACCAUUUCCAGAUUUGAGUGAAAAACAAUCCGCCAGCGACGACCGAGGACGGUGACGACGACAACGGGCAGCGAGAGAGAACCCCCGCUUUGAUGCAUAUUAUUGCAAACACACGCCGCAACGAUGUUGGGCUAUCUUGCUUCAUCAUUGUUAGUUAUAAGCACCAUCUACUCGAUCGAUCCCAGUAGCGCCGGUCCGCUCGAUGCCCUGAGCUGGGCCCGGAUGGACAACAUCAAUCUACCGUGGUUGCCAUAUGAAAACAUGACCCGGUGCUACGGUGAGCUGGGCUGUCUGAACAUCACCAAAGAAUGGUACCACCUGAUCUUCCGACCGUUCAACGUCUUUCCGCUGCCACGGAGUGUGAUCAACACCCGGUUCAUCCUGUACACGGAGAAGAACCCCACCGAUGGUCAGUUGCUGCAGGCCGAAACCAAGGAGACCAUCAUGAAGAGCAACUUCCGCUCCGAUUGGAACACCAAGUUCAUCAUCCAUGGGUUCAUCGAUACUCCGUUGUCCAACUGGGUGUCGGAGAUGCGGGAUGAGCUGAUCACACGCGGUGGACUCAACGUCAUCGUGGUGGAUUGGGCCGGUGGAUCAUUGCCUCUCUACACGCAGGCCACGGCCAACACUAGACUGGUAGGAUUAGAGAUAGCUUAUCUGAUCAAGAAAUUGACGGAAUACAAAGGACUCAGGGCGGAGGACGUUCAUCUCAUAGGACACUCGUUGGGAGCCCAUACCGCAGGGUACGCCGCCGAGAGGACGCCGGGUUUGGGCCGUAUUACAGGGUUAGAUCCAGCUGAACCGUAUUUCCAGGGGAUGGACCCGGUUGUAAGGCUGGACCCGUCGGAUGCCGCUCUGGUAGACGUUAUCCACACGGACGGUCGGAGUGUGUUCCGGUUGGAGAUUCCCGGCUAUGGCAUGUCCCACGCUUGCGGGCAUUUGGACUUCUAUCCAAAUAAUGGCAAAGAACAGCCCGGUUGUGCCCUCUCGCAGGAGGGAGCUGCCACCAUUCCUCUGACGCUCAUCAAAGAUGGAAUCGAGGAAGCGUCCCGUGUUCUGCUAGCUUGCAACCACAUUAGAGCCAUUAAGUUAUUUAUCGAUAGUAUUAACGGAAAGUGUCCGUAUGUAGCCCAUCGCUGCCCCUCCUACCAGCACUUCCUGAGCGGGAACUGUUUCAAAUGCACUUCCGGAAACUGCGCUCUGAUGGGCUACCACGCGUCCCUUCCAAUCACAACCACCAGGCAGAAUAUCUCCGAAAACGACAUCGCAGUCGGUUCGUCCAUUCCUGUGGCACCCCAACCGGGCAAGUACUUCCUAGCGACUGGGCGGGAUUUUCCAUUCUGUCAACGCCACUACCGGUUCACGAUCGAGCUUGCCAAACCGAAAACAGCGGAACAGUGGGUCCAGGGUCACCUGACGGCCGGAAUCUUCUCCGAGCGGGGCGCCAUCCGAAGUUUGGACCUCACGCCGAAGGGUACGGCCCGAUUUGAGCACGGAACCGUCUACCAGGUGGUGGUGACCAAUUCGCACGAUCUGGGCGAUCGGAUCCGGAAGGUCGAACUGUCCUGGACGCACGACAUGAACGUGCUGGAACCAACGACGCUGUGCCUGUUCUGGUGCAACAAUCACCUGUACGUGAAAUCGAUCCAGGUGGAAACCAUGCAGAUGCCAUCCCGAGAGAAGCGCAACACCGAAUACUCGAACAAGCUGUGCGCCCCGAAGCGCGACUUUGCCGACAUUGCCAGCCGUGGAACGUACUCUUUCUACGACAACUGUAAACGGUGAACCGAACCGUUGAGAAAGCCCAACACCAUCACACCGAACCGAACCGGAUCGGAUCCUACCUAUAACAGAAAUACUCUCAUGAAAGAAAUUUGAGCUUUAGGCUAGAUGAGGAUGAGACGAAACCUUUUAUUUGGAAUCACACCAUAAGAGAGCGAGAUAGAGAGGGAGAGAGAGCGCUAGAUUAGUGUAAACUACGUAUUGUUUGUUGAUUAUUAUUUCUGUAGUUAGCAGUCAGCUUUCCCGAGUAGGAAGGCUACUCAAAAUCUUUUCCGAUACACUAUGUGAGGCUCCGUUAGUGAACAAUUCAUUCGGCUAGGUUCAUCCAAAAUACCAAGAUUCCGGUGACCAUGGUUUCGUAAUGCGUAGCAGAGGGAGAGAGAGAAAGCUUCAUAUGUGAUUUUAGUGCGUUUAUUUCCUAUCUCCUCCAGAACAGAAUGAAUGAUGAGUGAUUGAGUGACUGAGCAAGAGAGCUGUCGUUGGGUGGUGAAUGAAACUGAACGUCCGAGGAUUGUUGAGAGCGAGAGAGAAAAGUCAUUUAUUUUUGCCUAGUUAAGAAACGAAUACAAGUACCAUAAACCACGUGUUCCCUACAAGUAUAUUCAAUUGUACAAAUUUCUCUUUAGAUCAAGCAAAACGUGACCGUUUCCUGCGUGCUUUUAUUAUACUUUGUAAACAUAUGGUUGAUAAUUUAGACGUUGUAAGGAAUAUUUCUAUGAAAUUUAUUUAUCCUACUUACCUGAAGCUUGAAAAAUUUACCUGUUGUCAUGGUUAAAUUUUCAAUUUUAACUUCCGAAUCUGUUCUGUUUUUUGUUGUUGAGUUAGAAGAAAUGCUACAGCUUUUAACAUCGUGGGGAAAAUACAUGAGUAGAUAGUAACAAAUGAAUUCAAUUUUAGCACAAAGUGGAUGAAAUGCGUUAAAAAUGGGCCUAUGUUUAUGGAAAAUUAGCUUGUUACUAUGACCUCCUAGAGUCCUAGAGAACAUAGCACCGCUGUUUGCUUUUACGUGCAUACAAAUAAACGUUUUCUCUAAUUUGAAAUUUUGCAAUUAAUUAAGACAAAAUUCAUGAACAAAUAGGAAAUAGACUAUGAACUUAUCCA